UGGACGCUUUACUCGAGGCUGGCCCUUGCAUAGAGCGUCAACGUUGGAGACCAUAGAUUCACGCGGUAUUGCCAGCAAUUUGCUCCGGUAUAAAAGUCAGGUGAAUUCCAUCUUGUGAGAGUAUCAGUCAUUCAAGCUCUUUAGUGUUCUUGUCUGAGUUAAGUAGUAUCAUGUCGAUGGCUAGUUUGCAAGUGAUCUUCUUCUUCUUGUUAGCUCUUGUUGCGGUGGGAGUGUUUGCCUCCGAUCCGGAGCUUGUCUCGGAUUUCGCUGCUAAUCCCGCCGCCAUCAACGCGAGCUUCUUCACUUUCACUGGCUUUCGCAGCGAUGUCACGGCUCCAGCAGGAACUUUCCUGGUGAAGAAGGCAUCGCUCGCGGAAUUCCCUGGUCUGAAUGGCCUCGGCGUCUCCAUGGCCAAGCUCUCCUACCAGCCAGGCACGACCAAUCCCCCGCACAUCCAUCCCCGGGGCGCGGAGCUCCUCUUCGUGUUACAGGGCUCGCUCAGCGUCGGCCUGUUGGACACCACCAACAAGCUCUUCGUCCAGAAGCUCGAGAUGGGCGAUAUGUUCGUGUUUCCAAAGGGUCUCGUCCACUUCCAAUUCAACGAUGGACAGCACGAGGCCAAGGCCAUCUCGGCCUUCGGGAGCUCCAAUGCCGGCACCGUUUCCCUCCCUGUCACCCUCUUUGGGUCUGGAAUUGACGAUCAAAUCCUCAGCAAGGCUUUCAAGGUGAGCACGGACACUGUCAAGACUCUCAAAAACGCUCUCGCAGUGAAGAAAACUGCGAGGAAGCUUUGAUUCUUUCAAUGUUUUUA